CCCAUUAUUUCUCUUGUCACGCUUACAGUAUACAGUCAUUCUUGGUCAUUCUGGUGUGAGAGCGGUCUCGAGACGGGAAGAAACAUAACCGACGGCUUGUGCUUGUUGGAUGGCUGAGGAGAACACCAAGCGCUAUGACGUCGUUGUGAUUGGUAAUGGACCAAACGCUUUAGCUUUAUCGUACAUUCUGUCCGGUCAUUGGCCGUACUUGUCUACCCGCGAUCAUUUCAACCCUCUGCUAAAGUUGAAACUUGAUAGUGUUGAUAUGCAGCUUUCUUUGUUGCAUCAAAAUCUUGCUUUCCUUAGUGAAGGACUGGAAGGAAGAAGUGACAGUCCUGUGGCUAAAUUGUUUGACGCGCUUUUACAGCCUGGAACUGAUUUAGGAAUGGAUCUGCCUUCGAAUAUAGUUUGGUCGUACGAUCAGUGUCAAUCUGUUUCUCAUUUGGUUGUUGGUGAUCAGAUGCCUGGAGGAAGUUGGAACGGUGUACCUGGCCAUAUAGAAACUCUUAGUCCUGUAUCAUGGUUGCAACUGCCAGGGUACUCAGUUGAUGAGUGGAAGAGAUCUUGUAUGCAAGAAAUGGAGACGAUGAAGUCUGAGGAUUGUGUGUGGCGCAUCAAAGCAGCAGACGUGAGACAGUAUUAUGUGGAUUACAUUGAUAAGACUGGAAUUUCAAAUAGCUUGAUGAGCAAUAUGUCUGUAGUCUCGCUUCGUGUGCUUGACAGUCCUCAAGUCUAUCCUGAAAAUGGUUGUUGUGGUGCAAUACAACAGUGCACGGUGUAUGGUGUUGGUACUGGAUGCUUCUGCUCACAACCAGGUUAUCCGUGGGAACAGGAAGACACUUACCUAUCUCCACCAACAACGUUAUCCAUUCCUGGAGAUUACAAAUUUGAGCUGAUCAUGAAAAGGCAAAGUAAUGAUAUGGGGCAUAGUUUGCCAGCUCAGCAGGAUAUAAAGGUUCAUGCUAAGCAUGUAGUACUAGCAGUUGGUCUUGGCCGUCCAUGCCAUUUGGGUGUACAAGGUGAAGACUUGUCAUUUGUCUUCUAUCGAUAUCCCGAUGAUGUACAGAUGCUCGAUGAAGCAGCUAGCAAUGAUCCCAUCUUGGUUGUGGGGUCAGGUUUAUGUGCUGCUGAUGUUAUUUUAAUGGCUCUCGCUAGAAAUUGUAGAGUGUUGCACGUUUUUAGGAGAAAGGUUUCUGACAUGCAACUCAAGUUUAAUACGCUUCCAGCAGGGGCAUAUCCUGAGUAUGAGAAAGUACGUGAUCUUAUGCAUGGGACUAUAAUCGACAGACAAUACAAAGCAUUUGAGUGUCACACACUGCAACAUAUCAGUUCAGAAAGGAUCUGCACUGUGGUGAAUAAUGCAGGAGCUAUACAGAAAGUCAAAGUGUCUUUUGCGUUUGUUCUUAUUGGAAGUCAAUCAGAGUUGGGUUUCUUACCAACUGAUUUACAAAAGAUAGGUAUAAAACCAAGUAAACCAGUCUCAAAUGCAAAUCCAGCAGACAUUGAUGUUAUUACAUUUGAGGUUUGUCGGCAGCCUGGCCUGUAUGCUAUUGGUCCAAUUGUGGGAGAUAAUUUUGUACGAUUUGGUAUCGGAGGUGCACUUGGUGUAGCAAGCAAUCUGAUCAAGUCGACUACAUGCAAAUGAAAAGAAGGCAUGACAAUGAUUAUUAAGAUUUGAUGAUUUCAAAAAUAUGCAAUUGUGGUUUGUUACUUUAUUAGACACAAUGAACUAUAUUGAGUUCAAAUUUAAAUUCUAGACUGGACGGUAUAAAUGCUAUUGUCUUCUAAUUGAUAGCAAUAACAAUAGCAAUGACUUUAAUUUUGUAUUGAAAUUAGAGGAUUUUAGAUUAUUUUAGUGCACUGGGAAGAAAAAACACACUUGUGUUAACAAACUCGAUUUCACUACUGUAAAC